CCUCUGGACCCGAUCAGUUACAAGACUUUUUUUUUUUUUUAAUGUUUUUAUUUAUUUAUUUAUUUACUUUUUGGACGGACAUUUCCUCUUACCCUACGGACACCGGGAAAUGUGUUAGUUCGUCAUAAUUUCACUGGCUGUUUUUUUUUUUUUUUUUUUAAUAGCGAGAACUUAAAUAGCGGCAACCUUUCACGCCCCCCCUCCCCCUUUCCAAGUAUCCCACCCAAGCUUACCUGCAUUAACUAGAAAAUCCAGUUUCUCUAGCAAUCCUAGAAAACAACAGAGACCUGAAGGCAACAUGGACCUAGACAGUAAACGGCUGGUGGUGGUGGUUCCGAACGAAGUGUCGGUGGCCUCCCGCAGACCUCUCAGCAGUGAGGAUGAGGCGUGGAAAAUCUUCCUGGAGAACCCACUUACUGCUGCCACCAAGGCCAUGAUGAGCAUCAAUGGAGAUGAGGACAGUGCAGCAGCUCUAGGAGUGCUGUAUGACUACUAUAGGGUUCCCAGAGAGAAGAGGCACACACCCAGUGCUGUUAAGCCCACAGAGCCUUCUGCUAAUGGGUCCAGCAACUGUGGGAAGUUGGACACGCUGGAUCAACAGUUUCAGGCUAUGGUAUCCAUGCCCGUCAACCUCUCCUUAAACAACAGCACCACUACUGAACACCAGCAGGGCUUCAAAUACGGAGCUGAGAACUUCGCAGGAGAUUCCAGAGGAGAUGGUAAAGGUGGAGGCAAUGCACCGCUUGCUCUGGUCAAGACGGAGGGCCAUACCUGCAUGUCACGUUCUUUUUCUGGUGGCGCCUGUCAACAAGAACCUGGAGAGCAGAUAAGGAGGCUAUAUGAGCAAAGCUCCUAUGAUUUGUCCCUCACUGGUUAUUUGAGAGAUGAGCAGAGAAGCAGUCCAGACAGCACAUAUGAGGAGCCAGUGGAAAAAGAGAUGUCCCACAAAAGCUCUUCCUCGGCAGUUGAUGAAUUUCACCAUAGUCUACCAGCUGGCAGCUUUCUGUACAAUCUGGAGGCCACUAUGUCGCUCCGGCCCCGACAAGGGGAAGGACCCAUGGCUUACCUGAACCGAGGCCAGUUCUACGCUUUGACACUCUCUGCAGCCGGCUUCAGAUCAUCACUACGUCAGCCCAGAGGCAAAGUUGGGGUGACUGGAGGGACAGCAUCUCGUGGAGCUGACGGGAGUCCGUCCGGUAAUGAUCAGUGUGCCACAGGAGGCUCUGAGCUGCCACCAAACAGUAUUGUGCAGAGUGUUAUCAUGGUUGUCUUUGGGGAAGACAAGGGCAGAGAUGAGCAGCUGAAGAAUUGGAAGUACUGGCACUCACGGCAGCACACUGCCAAACAGAGAGUCCUGGACAUUGCUGACUACAAGGAGAGCUUCAACACGAUUGGGAAUGUGGAGGAAAUUGCCUACAAUGCUGUGUCUUUCACAUGGGAUGUCAGUGAAGAAGCCAAGGUCUUUAUCUCUGUCAACUGUCUGAGCACAGACUUCUCCUCUCAGAAAGGUGUGAAGGGGAUGCCUCUGAUUAUUCAGAUUGACACGUACAGUUACAACAACAGCUGCAGCAGCAGGCCAAUCCACAGAGCCUUCACUCAGAUUAAGGCCUUCUGUGACAAGGGUGCUGAGAGGAAGCUUCGUGAUGAGGAAAAAAAGCAGCUGAGGAAGAGUAUGAAAGGGAAGAACGGCAGAUCAGGGCCGACCACUCUGAUUAAAAGGGCGGCGUUCAGAAGCAUGGUAGACCUGGACUCCCAGCCUGUUCUCUUCAUUCCAGACAUUCACUUUGGAAACCUGCAGAGAGCGGGGCAGGUGUUUGCUUUCAACACUGAAGAAGCUGAUCGCAGUGGAAGUGUUUUGAUGAAGAGGGUGUCAUGUGUUGGCCAGGAAGACCUCUGUUCAUCUCCACUAAAGAAGCCCAAAGCGGAACCAGAAAGGAAAGUUCUACUAUAUGUGAGGAAAGAGUGUGAUGAAGUGUUUGAUGCCCUAAUGCUGCGCAGCCCAACCCUCAAAGCACUGAUGGAGGCCAUCUCUGAGAAAUAUGCAGUGCCAGUUGACAAGAUAGCCAAAGUUUACCAAAAAAGCAAAAAGGGGCUCCUGGUGAACAUGGAUGACAAUAUCAUCCAGCACUACUCCAACGAGGACACCUUCAUCCUGGCUAUCGAGAGCUCAGCAGACUGCUUGCGCGUGACACUCUCAGAGAUCUAAUGGCUGCUAGCCACGGCACUCAUGAUCCUCCGGACUGAGGUGAUCGGUGCCUGGUGACGCUUUACCCCUUACCUGUGCAGAGAUUCACGAACUCCGUUAGCAGCGUUGGGUGCUAGAGCCAAACUGUUCUUUGAAGUCACAUGGGAGUCUCAACAGGCUUUGCUCUGCUGCAUGGAUCAUUUUGAACAUUGGCCUUGGCUCUAAGGUUGAAAACUUACGGAUUUGUUUUUAGGUUGGGAAAAAUCUUUUGAUUUCUCCUAACUACCUUACUAGCUGGCAGGAAUGCACUUCUGAACUCUUAUUGCCCAACUUUCACUGAAAGAACUGGAUUCAUCUCGGUCACCACAAAGGCAGCCAGCCAGCUUCCUGUGGUUUCAGGAUGGAUUAACAGCACUUGGGGGCCUCUCCUUCCACCCCCAUCCCAUACGUCCUCAUGUCAUUGACACUUUGAAAUGACUUGACUGGACUUUUUAAAAAGUGUGUUUUUAGAUGUGUCUUGACUUUAAUCUGAAAUGAUGGUACUUUAACUCUUAUUGGUCAUCCACGUUUUAAUUGUUUUUGGAUUGGUCAUAUUUUUAACUGCACACUAAAUGUUUGUUAUUGGUUCUAGUAAAAUAAUACUUAUUUAUCCCAGGUUGUGAUUACACGAGGCACCAUUAUAGGACAGGGUUUCCGGUCUUCAGGUUAAAUUGUUCUGCUUCCUCUGUGUGUGUUAAUUGCUUUUCCUCUCACUAAAGAGACUGUAGUGAGAGGAAAUUACAGUCUAAUAAUAAAUACAGUAGUAUUUAUGACAUUCAUUAGGGGCUCACAGGACCCGGCCUCUCCAUCCGAUUAGUCCUCUUCUGAGGCUGCAGCAGACCAUCAGAGCACAGCAGUGGAAUGAGUUAAUUCCAACUCAGUGCAUCAGUCUGCACCUGAUUUAGUAGCACCAUCUGUGUCCUUCAUAUGCUUCACACGCAGUAAAGUACGGUCUUUAAAAUGUGCUAAUAAAAAAUAGUUUUGUAUGUAGCUACUUGUUUCUGGUCGUGUGCUGCAGCUUGCAUUUUUAUGCCUCAACACUGGCUACAACUGUCGCCAGAAGCGUGAUGUUUUCAGGUUUUCUUGUCCCAUUUUUGUGAAUAUAACAUUCAGGAACUUCACCCAGACUCAAUGACAAGUGCUCUGGUCAUUCCAUAUAAAAUCAAAGUAUCCCAGACACUUGUGUUCAGUGCAGUGUUCUCAUCUGCUGCGUCAUAGUCAGAUCAUCCACUGAUCCUGAGAUCUUCUGUGAUACUGGUACUUUGAGGAGUUGUAAUUUGGAAAGUCAACAAAUUGUGUAAAUCCAGUCAGGUGGGAGGAGAGAAAAACAUGACUUAAGUCUCCUGAAAUUAAGAAGAGAACCUCUGUAUGUUUAUUCUGUAUCCUAUCAACAGCUUCAUGGAGAACGUCACGUGAAACUUCAGCUGUUGCAGGUGGAAUGUACACAAGUAUUAUGUCUGAAUUCUCUAGGUACAUAAUAUGGUCGUAUACCAACUGCCAAUAACAUACAGUUGAGUAGUUAUAGGUAGUAUUGCUUCAGUACCAAUCCUACCAAUAGGUAGUUAACUUAUAUCACUUCCACUUUUACCCAGUGCUCUGUCUUGAGAUAAACAUUCCCAAGUUAGAAAUUGAGGGAAAAUGGAAUAUGUUUGAUAUAUUUGUAACUGCAGGGGUGGGAAUGUAUUACUAAGCAAGUCAAUAGCUAAUAUGUAAGCAUGUGUAGCCAAUUUAUUACAAUGCUGGGUUUACCAUAUACAAUAGUUUUCACACUGAGCUGCCUAAAAGCCUUGUAGCAUAUUUCUGACAAAGUUAAUAUGCUAAUUAUGCUCAAUGAUGCGUUUUAGGAAAAAGGUCAACAUCACUGUGGCACCGUAAUGUUUUGUGAAAGCCUUUCUCUUGAACAGAAGGAGAUUGUGACCAUGUUUCAUAUUUGUUUGGAUACUGAAUUGGUGAUACUAAUCUUUGGGGUCCACCUUGUGAGUGUAAUGAGCGAGCUUCUCUGGCACCGAGUUAAAGAUGUGUGUGAGCUACCUGGAUUUUAACAUUUGCAGGUGCUUUGAGAACCACAAAUAUUUGAAUUGCUGUCUUCAGUCAUGGCUACAGAGUGCAGGAAUGUGAGUGCAUUAGAUUUUUACAUGCAUCAUUUGUCAUUAUAAAUGUAUUCCUUUUAAAUAUUCACAUUUAUCCUACAUUCAAAAGAAGGCAUUUUUAUUGCCAGAUUGUGAACCAUUCUUUCAGUCAGCAUUAAUCCAUUUUGUUUGGUAAUAAAGCAGUUAUAAAGGUUGGUAUCUAUAUAAAAAGGCUGAAUAUUGCCCAAAAUUGAAAUAUGAGGUCAUGUACCUUAGCUUCCAGUAAGUCCAAGAUUUUUAAAAUGUAGCACAAAUCCCCAACACCACAACAUUGUUAGUGGCUUACACAGAACCCUUAAUAUUUCUAUUAUUAAGAUGUGUGCAGUGGUUUCAAAUAGCAUUUAGCAGUUAUCAGCAAAAACCUCAGACACAGACAGCUUGUAUAGUGAGUCUCCCUGUGUACACAGACCAACACAUCAUUUAAGUAUUGUUACCAUAGCAGUAUGAAAAUGUCCUAAUAUUAAGAAAACAUGUUGGAUCUUUUUAACUUUUUUUUAAUUUUGUUUCCUGGAUUAAUUAGUUCAAAAUGUGAUCUUCUUUAAAUCAUAAGCAAAGACAGUGUACUUGUAAA